AUUGAGAGAGAGAUCACCGUCGAAAAGCAGUCUCCCAAUUCCACCGAAUAACUAAUAACAUCUCCUCGAGCGCGAGGCCGGCUUCCUUGGACCAAUCCAGCAGCAAGCGACCCGGCCAGCACCAGCAGCCAUGGAGAUGAAGAAGGUCCUCUGCGCCGCGCUCGUCGCCGCCGCCUCCGCCACCGCCGUGCUGGCCGAGGUCGCCUCCGAGUCGCCCUCCGAGGCGCCCGCCGGCGCGGCCGCCGGCGCGGCCGGCGGUGCGGCUGGCCCUUCCGCCAGCGCCGCCGCCGCCGCCGCAGUGCCCGCCGCCGCGGCGCUCGUCGUCUCCUUCCUCGCCUCCUUCCUCCACUGAGCGACGUACCGCGCGGAGUGCGGGAAACCUGGGAUGGAGCAUCGUGUUUGGUUCACCCGAUUAAUAAUUAAUUAAUCGUUGUUUUAUUUAUUUAUUUAUUGCUUGCGGUUGCCUAAUUAUGUGAUCGUCUGUUGUUCCUUCCUUCGUUCCUUCCUUGGUGAUGUGUGGGUCGCCAAGGGGGUUUCGUUUCUGUAAUCCUGCCUGAUCGAUGCUAAUACUAUGAUCCCAAUUUGGUUUUUGCGA